AUGGCAUCAACAGAUACAGAUAACUCAAAACCAGUGUCGUCCUCAACGUCGUCUCCAAGCACUCUGACAAAAACAGCAACCACAAAGACUACUGCUACCCCGCCAAUACAAUCUUCCUUGGAGGUGCCACCCUUGGCUAAUAAUAGUAACGGUAGUUCCAGCACAUCAACUUCAUCUAUAAAUGCCUCUCUGACUGGUGCCAAUGACUCCGAAUAUGAUCCAUUUGCUGGUCUUUCUUUCAAAGUUGGGGUGGCCGAAAACAAAAACACCACGUUCCGUAAUAAAAUGGAGGAUGUCCACACGUACAUUGCCAAUUUUGCUGAACGAGUAGAUUGGGGUUAUUUUGCUAUAUUUGAUGGACAUGCUGGGAAGGACACCGCACGUUGGUGCGGAAACAACUUACAUACACUAUUGGAAGAGGAAAUAGAUUGUAACUCGGACGGGGCUAGUCCACCACCGACUCCAAUAACGGGCAAAGAUGAUUUGAGAGAAGAUUUAUGCAAGUGUUUUGUCAAAGCAGAUGAAUUGAUAGAAAAGAGUGGACAGGGCAAGUCUGGAUGUACUGCUGCAGUGGCUGUUCUCAGAUGGGAAAGUAAUACGGAUGAACCAGUGUUGCACACCAAGAGCGAAGAUGGUGGUAAAUUUGAUUUCAAACCAACCAAGAAUCACAAGCGAUUAUUAUACACUUCUAAUGUUGGAGAUCUGCGAAUAGUUCUUUGUCGCGCUGGACAGGCGUAUCGAUUAUCAUAUGAUCAUAAAGCCACAGACAUGCAUGAGAUUAAUAGAAUAGAAGAUAAUGGAGGGUUGGUCUUAAAGAAUAGGGUAAAUGGAGUUUUGGCGGUAACUCGAUCACUUGGUGACACAUAUAUGAAACUGUUGGUCAUAGGAGUUCCAUUUACUACGGCGACAGAAAUCACUGCAGAUGACGAAUUUAUUAUAAUUGCUUGUGACGGACUCUGGGAUGUGGUGUCUGAUAAGCAAGCUUGCAAUUUGGCCGCUGAAGCAUUUAAGCAAGGUUGUUCACCACUGCAAGUCGCGAAGAAAUUGUGUCAAUUGGCAAUAGAGUUGUCUACAACAGAUAAUGUGACGGUGAUGGUCGUACAGCUUGACAAGGAAGUGUUUAGUUAG